CACGAGGCGCGUGGAGUGCGUGGAUCGAAACGGACCCGACACGACGCUUCACGCGCCAGAUCACCGGGCGAAUACACGAAGUGCUUCGGUGUAAAGGUGCACUCUUCUCCGCCCUCAUUUCGCACACUCGAGAGAGAACACUCGCGACUAAGAAGACGUUUUCUGACUCCGAAUGAAGUUUUUUUUUUUUAUCUGCUUCGUGCGCGGAAUUUAUUUUUCGCGUCCGGUAACGACGACGCGAAGAUCAAGAAAAUGCUCCAAGACGCCGAAGAGUAAACACGGAAAACGGCUGAGAAAUUGUGUUGCACCAGCUCUUAGUUUCAGGUUAGGAGCCUGCUAGGACGGGUCUCGUUCUCUCUUCUUGAGGUCAUUCGGAUGAGAGCGGACGAAAGGGUUCGCGACCCGGGUGCACUAGUACAACCACGAAACGCGAAGAAGAAGGGAAAGAAGAAAUUGGAAACACAAUAUUGAAAAUUGCAGUCGCCUCUUAUCACUCCACCUUUCAAUACUUGGACUUGACAUCUGGCUCGCUAUCAGACUGACAUCAAUGAGGCUCGUGAGAUUCUACUGGAGAACGGAUUGCGAGAAAAACAAAUUUUGGAAUAGCGUGGCGUAUUGAUCAAGUGUUACUGCAAAGUGUCAGUUACUCAAAGUGUUGCAAAUUACAAAGUGAAUCUUCCCUGUGACUGGAAGGGAGACUUCGUGAUCGUAUCGUAUUAUGAAUGUUUUCUUGUGUAAAUCAAGUGCGGGAGUGUGAACUGAAUCCUCGUUGGGGUGCGAGUGAGAAACAUUGCUCCAUUUCGUGAUGCGUGUCGUAUGAUGCGGCAGCGGGCAGGGAUCUCGCAUCAUAGUUACGUAGACACCGGGGACAUCGACGAGAAGUUCACUUUGAUAAUUAUUGACGAGCGAUCUGUGAGAGACUUGUGACAAGUUCGCGGAUGAUCCGAAUUCAGGAAAUCCGCGACCGUUUAAUAGUGGUGACUAAUGAUACGGUGACGAAUGACACGGAUCAUCAGGAUCCGUCGAUUGAAAGAGAUCGAGACGUUUAGUAUAAUAGUGAUGAUACCGUGGUACCGAGUACGUUUCCGACAAACGUUAGACUACCGUCUACUUCGUUAGAAUCGUUGUGCUCCAGUAUCGCUCUACUCCAGUAUCGCUGUGCUCCAAUCUGAUUUAACGUUGCUCAAAUCAUAACGCGCUGCAACGUAGCACAAAUGAUCGACUCGAAUCAUACAUCGACGACAAACGAGAAAUUUUGAUCGAAGUAUUCCACUUAGACUAAUUCUAUAAAUAGGAUAUAUAUAUAUUAUAUAUAUAUCAGUGUGAGUGAUAAUUGUCCGAUGUUUCUAACAUAUAUGUUCAUUGAAAACUUUUGAGAAGAAAACUCAUGAAAGUCGAAUUGCGCGCUCUUACAAAGAAGUGUCAUCCCGGCAAUGUUGAUCGCGAGGCAAUAUUAGGGAAGUGUAAAUUGCUAAGUGGACGCGUGACACGUUGCUUCGCGCUAGUCCGUGGACUACCAGUGAAAGACGGUACCGACGGAACCGGCGCCUAAGACGUGUUCCCCGAGUGCAACCAGCAACGGAGACGGAGGAGGCGGUGGCGGAGGAGGCGGUGGCAAACGAGGAAGAGCAGUUUUGCGACCGCCGGAGAAGCUCGAAGCCGUCAAAGUGGCUUCGUCACUGGGGCUCCAGGGGCCUUCAGCGCCGAUCGGGGCCCAACUACUGGUUACUGGUGGUUCGGAAGAUGCGCCGACCGCGACCGUGUACCACGCCAACCUGGUAGCCGGUAGCAACACCUCCGUCGUGACAGCGGCGCUCCAGCAGCCCAUAUUAGCGAGUCUGAACUCAGCGGCACUGGCCAGCAUGCAGGCCUCCGCGGAGGCCAACUCGCGGAAUAUAACGACCAUGGAAUGGCUCUACAAAAAGGAGCCCUUGUUCACGCUUGCUCAUUUUUGGCAACAGAGAGCGACUUCGGCGGAGAAAGAAAUAGCCGCGCUGAAAGAACAGCUUGCCGCAACGAAUGACAGCAAUUCCAAGACUGAGGGACACCAAUUGUCUCAGCCUCCGCAGGGAAGCGAUCAACAGCAGGUACACGAUGCCAGCAAUCCCAGAAGGACGCCGAACAGCAACCUCGAGCAGGAGCUGCAGGCCAAAGACAAAGAGAUCAACCAGUUGGUUGAAGAGGUGUCUAGGCUACAGCAGAACCUGCAACGCCUUCAGGAACAAAGUGCGCAAGCAACAGUGCGACUUGAGGAGGAACUCGAAGUGCGGAGGCAACACAUCAACAGACUGGAAAGUAAAUUGGAGCGGCAGAGGGAUUACGACGACCUAAAGCGCGAAAUCAGUGUACUGAGAUCGGUCGACCUCUCGCAGAUACCAACCGGUGAGCCCGGAAAAAGUUUGGAACAUCUUCUUAUGGAACGCUUCAAGGCGCUCCAGCAAGCCGAGAACCUGAAAUCCUCUAAUACGCCCGAAGCACUCGGUGGAUUAUCGUCACCCCUGCAGCGCGCCUCGACCGCCUCACCCCACGGGGUUGGAGGUGUACCACCUACGUCCCAUGUGUCCUCCCAACAACCACCGCCACCGCCUCCGACGGCAACCUCCCUCCCUCCGCGUUCCACUCCAACGCCUUCUUCGGCCUCUUCGACAACUUCAAACCUUCUCUUCCCGCCACCUCUUCAAAACGUCGAGACCUUUGGCUCAUUCCUUGGUGAAGAAAUCGUCGCGAAUUGGAGGCGGACAUUGGAAAGGUCUAUCAUGAGUCAGCAGCAACAGCAACAACAGCAAUCGCAGCAGCAGCAACAACAACAACAGCCACAGCCAUCCCAAUUAAGCCAGUUAACUCAACAGCAACAGCAGUUGCAACAGACCCAACCGCACAUGGGUCUUCAUCCGCCAUCAACGCCAAGUAGUUUAAAUCACCUGCCAUCGCCGGGUGCGGAUCCGUCGUCCACUUCGAAUACUCCUGCAAAGUCGAAUACGCCUAUAAGCACGGCUCCUCUGAGUAAUUUAGACGUCACUGAGAAAGCUCCAACACCGGUAUCGGGACAUGAGACGCCAGCACCUCCAACACCAUCCUCCACAACCGCCUUAACAUCACCGCCGAGCUUCCAACCACCUACGUCGAUGGUGGAAACCAAUACUCCUUCGGCUUCCAUCAACGGCGGCGGUCUCACACCUGGUGUUCCGAGCGCACCUCCUCCGAAAAGCCCGGCCGAUCAGGAAUCAUGUCACAACAAUAACAACAGCCACCAUCUAGCGAACAAUAACAUCGGUGGUCUGAGCGUUCUCGACACACUAAAAAGUCCAUUUCGGUUUGACGAUCGAACGUAUCCGUUCCGAUUCGGUGACGAGUUCGGAGCCGCUGGUAUGGCCGGUCGGCUGGGCGAGUCUCUCAUUCCGAAGGGUGAUCCCAUGGAGGCGAGACUGCAAGAGAUGUUACGUCACAAUAUGGACAAGUACGCCUCGCAAAAUCUCGAUACUCUUCACAUAGCGAGACGAGUGCGGGAGUUGCUGUCGAUACAUAAUAUCGGACAGAGAUUGUUCGCCAAAUAUGUUCUCGGACUGAGUCAGGGCACGGUCAGCGAGUUACUUAGCAAACCCAAACCUUGGGACAAACUGACCGAAAAAGGCCGUGACAGCUAUCGGAAGAUGCACGGUUGGGCUUGCGACGAUAACGCUGUAAUGCUGCUCAAGUCCCUCAUCCCCAAGAAAGAGUAUGUUUCAGGCAAGGAGCAAGGAAUGCCAGCAUUCGCACGUGGGCCACAGGAUGGUGGUCCGCCAGAAAUGAAUGACGAAAGAUUGGCACAUAUUCUCUCGGAGUCGGGCCAUAUGCAAAUGAGGAGUGAGCACGAGGUGUCGAACGACGCAGACAGCAAGAGUCCGAGCAGAAUCGGUUGUCCGAGUCCGUUCAACAAGGACAGACUUGACAGCCAAAAUAGGAGACUGAAGAAGUACGAGAACGACGACAUUCCUCAGGAGAAGGUGGUGAGAAUUUAUCAGGAAGAACUGGCCAAACUGAUGGGCAGAAGAGUGGAGGACCUUCGUCCGCGAGAGUUUUCUAGUGCGAUCUUUCCGCAUUUUUUCAGUGGUACACAAAGUGGUCUUCAAGGUAUCGAGCGUACCCAAGAAGACAUUCGACUGGCCUUGGACGCUUACCACCGUGAGCUUCAAAAGCUGAACGCAGCACCAGGACAGACACCCUCGAUGACUGGAUUGCCAGGAUUGCCCGGACUGCCAGGUUUGCUGGCGCUUCAGCAACAAGCUCUUCAGCAACAUCAUUUGGCCGCGAACGGCGGCGGCGGCGGCAGUGUUCAGGACUUGAGUUUAGGCAAAGUGGAUCCGCGCAACAAAAUGAUAAACGGUGUGUCGGAAGAGGAGAAAGAGAAAAUGGAAGAGGCGAUGAGGCACGCAGGAAGUGCUUUCUCUCUGGUGAGACCAAAGCAGGAAUCUACAGGCCCGCAAUCGACGCCCGGCGGUUCCAGCGCGAGUUCACCGCUUGGCAAUUCUAUACUCCCUCCUGCAAUGACACCUAGUGAAGAAUUCUCCAGCGCGGCGGCAGCCAGUCCUCUUCAAAGGAUGGCAUCCAUCACGAACAGUUUGAUAAGCCAACCGUCCACGCCAACUCACCACUCGGCCAAUCAAAGACCGUUGAAAGCUGUGCUUCCUCCAAUUACGCAGCAACAAUUCGAUCUGUAUAAUAAUCUUAACACCGAAGAUAUUGUCAAAAGGGUGAAAGAACAGCUGUCUCAGUAUUCGAUUUCACAGCGGCUAUUCGGCGAGUCAGUAUUGGGUUUGUCUCAGGGAUCGGUAUCGGACCUUCUAGCGCGUCCCAAGCCAUGGCACAUGCUUACCCAAAAAGGUCGCGAACCCUUCAUUCGAAUGAAGAUGUUCCUCGAGGAUGACAACGCAGUACACAAGCUGGUUGCCAGUCAAUACAAGAUUGCUCCGGAGAAGCUGAUGAGGACCGGCGGCUACGGCGGCCUGCCUCGUAAGUUUAACUCAGCGUGUGGAACACCUAUGAAACCUAUGCCGCCGACAAAACUCGUCCAAGAGCAGUUGCAAAAUGCAGCGAAGGCACAGGCUGCUGCUCAAGCGGCCGCGCAAGCAGCGGCACAACAGCAUCAGCAGGAGAAUCAGGUGCAACUUGGCCCGCCUCAGCAAAGUCCUCAGCAUCUACAGCAUCCGCAACCGCCACCACCAAUGAUGUUGACUCCGCCUGGACCUCAUCAUCCUCACACUCAACUCAGCAUGCAGGAGCUCCAGAAGAAGCAACAACAACAGCAACAACAAAUGUCAUUGCAUUCGCCGCAUCAUCAGAUGGCGCCGUCGCCUCUUCGAAGUCUUCAUCCGCACAUUUCACCGAGCGUGUACGAGAUGGCUGCCCUCACGCAAGAUCUCGACACGCAAACGAUCACCACGAAAAUCAAAGAAGCGUUACUGGCCAAUAAUAUCGGCCAGAAAAUCUUCGGCGAAGCGGUUCUCGGUCUUUCGCAAGGUUCUGUCAGCGAGCUUCUGAGCAAACCGAAGCCGUGGCAUAUGCUUAGCAUAAAAGGCCGUGAACCUUUUAUCAGAAUGCAGCUUUGGCUGUCAGACGCGCACAACGUCGAUAGACUGCAAGCAUUGAAAAACGAGCGACGAGAGGCAAACAAAAGACGACGCAGCAGUGGUCCGGGUCACGACAACAGUUCUGACACUUCGAGUAAUGACACCGCUGAGUUUUAUCACGCAGCGUCACCUGGUCCGGGACCCACCACCGGUAAGAAGCAACGUGUUCUCUUCUCUGAAGAACAGAAAGAAGCUCUCAGACUCGCUUUUGCCUUGGACCCGUAUCCUAAUGUAGCUACCAUCGAAUUCCUCGCCGGUGAACUCGCCCUAUCCUCGAGAACAAUAACGAACUGGUUUCACAAUCAUCGAAUGAGACUGAAGCAGCAAACGCCACACGGUCAACCGGAACCACAAUCGCCACGAGAACCUGGCCAGCCUUUCGAUCCUGUUCAAUUCAGAUUACUACUGAACCAAAGACUGUUAGAGAUUCAAAAAGAGAGAUUGGGAUUAGGAAAUGUACCUUUACCUUACUCUCCAUAUUUCAAUCCCAAUCUGGCGGCCCUAGUGGGUAACGCGUUGAAGGAGCAAUGCUCCGGCCUCGAUCUCUCAAUGAACGCUCUGAAGAGAGAACCAAAUCAGGAGUUCGAGGACGAAGAUGUCGAGGACGCGAUGAGUAAUCUAGGUAGUGAAGAUUCGGAAGGUUCGGCCAGCAGUAUAAAGAGAGAACCCGCGGAAACGCCGACGGCACCCGCGACAGUUAGGUCUAACAGAAGAAAACCUGCAGCACCGCAAUGGGUGAAUCCGGAAUGGCAAGAACCAGCAAGAACAGGCGACGAAGUCAUUAUCAAUGGUGUUUGCGUGAUGCAGACGGAUGAUUAUGGUGUGAAGAGGGAAGCCGAGGAGACCAUAAGAGUCGAACCGACACCCGUUCAGGACCGGUACGAAGAGGACGCUCAGAGCGACGUCUCUUCCGUGUCCGCCAACAAUGGGGCCGAUCGGGACAGUCCGCUUCCCAGUCCAAAGUCUGGUCAAAAUAGCCCAGUGACGUCACUCAGACCGCCGUCGGCACAACAAACGCAACAAUCAACAGAAGAAAGUCCGAAGGACGUGGUAAAGCAAGAACCGGAAGAAACGUGGGAUUACUAGGACAGUCUGAAACGCGAAAUUCCAUGGAAUUAUCCGUGAUCUCGGUGUUUCUUCUUCGUGCAAAAUUGAAAGCCAGGCAAGAUUUCCGAGUGUCUCUGAAGUCAUAUUGUUGAAAUAUGCCAAAAUGACGCUUUAUAAAGAAAAGACGUUCUGCGAGGAUCAUCGGUCUAGUUAAGUUUUAAACGAGGAAACCAGUUAUAGGACUCGGGUCGUGCGAGUCCUGCCUACCACGAGGGCAUUAUCAUAGAGAGGCAGACGCGAAGUACGGGUCUAGGAUGUUUCUUGGAGAAUGUCAUCGAUAAAAAAGGAAUCGGGAGGAUGUCUUGGUCGAACGUUUUUAGAGAAACGAUCAAAACUAUGAACGGAGCUCAAUCAAAAAAAGGACUUUACAUUGUGACGUUUUCUACGCGGCAAGUGGUACGAGAUCAGUGUCGGUGCGUGCGGAUCUACGGCAAAAUAUCGUAUCAUUUUAGAAGACUGUGAAGUACAACGGGGCCGGCUGUAGGAGGACGACGGGCUCUCGUUGCAAUCCGCUCGAAAUUCGAGAGAGAACCCCGGCCGUUUCCGCUUUUGGAUGACAUUUCCCCUCGAGUGAUUGGAAAUAUCAUUCCAGAGUAGGGGAGAGACGAGCGGACUAAGAUGAUGCGCGGAAAACGGAGGUGGUCCGGGUUCGCUACAGUGCAAUCUCCCAGUAACUAAUUGUUAGAUCGAAUUAUUAUUAAUUUUUAAUUGUGAAGAAUUGCGCGCGACGAAAAAAAACGGCCGAUUAAUAAUUAAUUGCAUAAUUGUGAUUCAUGUUAUUGUUUAUACUCGCCUCCCUAUCUCCCCGAUAUAGUGAAUAAGCUGUUAAUGUUAUAUAUAUAUACUCCUCUCCAGUUACGUAUGUACCUUUUAUCUCGUUUAGUUAAGACUCGAUAUUUCCCUCUUCUUCUUCUCUUUUCCUACUUUUCUUGCUUAUCCAUCUAUUUAUAAAAAAAAAACUGCGAGAAGAAUGAUCACUUACCGUUACCAAUGUUAUUAUUAUCACACUGCUCUAUUAUAAUUUUCAAAUUAUAAAUAUUAUUAUUAUACUAUAUAUAUAUAUAUUAUAUAUAUAAUUAUCAUAUUAUUAAAUAUUCUCAGUUGUCAAAGUACUGUCAUGAAUUUACUAUUUUUACGUUGAUAUGUUGAACGGUAAUGAGAAAUGUAAAAUACCAAAAAAGAAGUAAAUUUAUUCGUUUCACAAUAUGGUUAUUUAAGCUUCCUUUUUCUAUUUGUUGGAAACUAUUAGCUGCGCUAAAACAAUUGGUGAUGAACAUAUCUCUUAAUGUGAUUAUUUAAUAUGAUUUUGAUUAUUAUAUUAUUAUUAAAUAUAUUAUUAUUUUUUGUAUUA